GUUAUUGAAUCUUUGGGCAUUAUUAUUUACAAAGCACUGGACUACGGUUUGAAAGAGAAUGAAGAAAGAGAAUUAAGCCCUCCACUAGAGAAGCUCAUUGAUCUUAUGGCCAAUACAGUAGAAGCUGAUAGUAGCAAUGAUGAAGGCUAUGAGGCUGCAGAUGAAGGAAUGGAAGAUGAAGAUGAUAAAAAGAGAAAAAUCUCAGCUAUUCGGUCAUAUAGAGAUGUCAUGAAGUUAUGUGCUGCUCACCUCCCAACUGAAUCUGAAGCACCAAAUCAUUAUCAGGCAGUAUGUCGGGCACUAUUUGCAGAAACCAUGGAGCUGCAUACCUUUCUGACAAAAAUUAAGAGUGCAAAGGAGAAUCUAAAGAAGAUACAAGAAAUGGAGAAGAAUGAUGAAUCUAGCACAGACCUGGAUGAGCUGAAAAAUGCAGACUGGGCUCGAUUCUGGGUACAAGUGAUGAGGGAUUUGCGAAAUGGUGUAAAACUUAAGAAGGUCCAAGAGCGACAGUACAAUCCUUUGCCCAUUGAAUACCAGCUCACACCUUAUGAAAUGCUAAUGGAUGACAUUAGAUGCAAAAGAUACACUUUGCGAAAGGUGAUGGUGAAUGGUGAUAUUCCACCUCGGUUAAAAAAAAGUGCUCAUGAAAUCAUCCUGGACUUUAUCAGAUCAAGACCUCCUCUAAAUCCAGUCUCAGCCAGAAAACUAAAACCCACCCCACCACGCCCACGGAGCCUCCAUGAAAGAAUAUUAGAAGAAAUCAAAGCUGAAAGAAAGCUGCGGCCCAUCUCACCAGAGGAGAUUAGGCGCAGUCGACUUGCAAUGCGGCCACUUUGUAUGUCUCACAGUUUUGACUUGUCAGAUAUAACUACCCCUGAACCUCCAAGGAGUGUACUAGAAUCAUCUGUGGUGAAUGGUUUAACAUCAUCAACAAAAGAAUAUAAUUUAAAUACCACACAGCUAGUCCCUGUGCAGCAGAAGAAACUCCUCAAAGCUCCAACUUUGGCUGAGCUUGACAGCUCUGACUCUGAGGAAGAAACUGUGCACAAAUCAACCAGCAGCAGCAGUGUUUCCCCGUCCUUCCUCGAAGACCCCUUAUUAGAGACCAUUUCAGCAAGGAAGAAGCCUCCAAAGUUCUUACCCAUAUCUUCAACACCCCAGCCUGAGAGACGGCAGCCACCUCAAAGGCGCCAUUCCAUUGAAAAGGAAACACCUACUAAUGUGAGACAGUUUCUGCCACCAUCCAAGCACAGUUCCAGAUCUCUGGAGGAAUUCUGCUACCCAGUGGAGUGCCUUGCUCUGACUGUUGAGGAAGUGAUGCACAUCCGCCAGGUCCUGGUGAAGGCCGAACUGGAGAAGUACCAACAGUACAAGGAUGUCUAUACAGCCCUGAAAAAGGGGAAGCUCUGCUUUUGUUGCCGAACCAGGAGAUUUUCCUUCUUCACCUGGUCUUACACCUGUCAAUUCUGUAAGAGGCCAGUGUGCUCCCAGUGCUGCAAAAAGAUGCGGCUGCCAUCCAAGCCAUACUCCACUCUCCCUAUCUUUUCUUUGGGACCUUCUGCCUUGCAAAGAGGGGAAAGUUUUAUGAGGCCAGAAAAACCCUCCACCAGCCACCGACGGCCACUUCGAAGCCUUGCUAGGUUCUCCUCAAAAUCAAAGUCUGUGGACAAAUCAGAUGAAGAGUUCCAGUUUCCCAAAGAGCUGAUGGAGGACUGGAGCACCACCGAGGUGUGUGUAGACUGCAAGAAGUUCAUUUCGGAAAUCAUCAGCUCAAGCCGGCAUAGCCUAGUGCUGGCCAACAAAAGAGCCCGGUUAAAAAGGAAGACUCAGUCCUUUUAUAUGUCCUCAUCAGGCCCCACGGAAUACUGCCCUUCAGAGAGGACUAUCAAUGAGAUCUGA